AAACACUGUGAGAAGUGCGUGAAGUGGGUCGGGACUUGACACGAAAUCUGAGAUUUCACUUGAAUUGCAAUCCAGUUUCGAGGAUGUAAAGCUACAGGUUGCGGAAAAGGACUUUUAUUCACCAUGUUUUAGUAAACAGCUUGUAAAAUUGAUGAAAAUAAUCCAGGAAGCGUACAGGAUCUGCACACCCCACCGCUGGCACCGUCGGUAACUUGGGACAGGCAGGGCUCUGCUGCUAGCUGCUACACCAGCUAAGAUAAGAUUGUGUCACCUUCCUUCCUGAUGCUGUGGGGCUUGUGAGGACACGCAUCUUCCUCAACUACAGCUGAAUUGCUGUAAAGAUUGUCUCUGCUGAGGCUUCGUGAUUGAGUGUCAACUACAUAUAAAAAUAUUCUCAGAAAGUGCAUUGAGAGAGAGAGAAGUCAAGAUGUCUAUCACUAACACGCCUACCAGCAAUGAUGCCUGCCUGAGCAUUGUGCACAGCCUGAUGUGUCACAGACAGGGUGGUGAGAGCGAGACGUUUGCCAAGCGGGCUAUUGAGAGUCUGGUGAAGAAACUGAAGGAGAAAAAAGACGAGCUCGACUCCCUCAUCACUGCUAUCACCACCAACGGGGCCCAUCCCAGCAAGUGUGUGACCAUUCAGAGGACUCUCGAUGGACGACUACAGGUGGCGGGACGUAAAGGGUUCCCUCAUGUAAUCUACGCACGGCUGUGGCGGUGGCCUGACCUGCAUAAGAAUGAACUGAAGCACGUCAAAUACUGCCAGUUUGCCUUUGACCUUAAGUGUGACAAUGUGUGUGUCAACCCCUAUCACUAUGAGCGAGUGGUGUCUCCUGGCAUAGACUUAUCAGGACUGACACUGACCAGUUCUGGCCCCAGCUCUGCUCUAAUGGUGAAGGAUGAGUAUGAUUUUGAUGGUCCCCAAAGUCUGCCCUCAAUCGAUGGAGGGCACUCCAUCCAGACAAUCCAGCACCCCCCCUCCACCAGCCGCCCGGCCCCCUCUGAGCCGUUUGCCACUCCAAACCUUCUCCCACCUGCUGAGGCCUCCACCUCCGCCUCUACGUCAUCUUUUCCUGCCAUUGCUGCUGGAUCAGGCAGUGCCAGCGCCACCUGGUCCAGGAACAGCAGCUUCACACCGAACAUACCCCACCACACCAACGGCCAUCUACAGCACCACCCCCCUAUGCCUCAUCCAACACACUACUGGCCGGUGCAUAAUGAGCUCGCCUUCCAGCCUCCUAUAUCCAACCAUCCAGCUCCUGACUACUGGUGCUCAAUUGCUUAUUUUGAGAUGGACGUUCAGGUUGGGGAGACAUUUAAGGUCCCCUCUUCAUGCCCCAUUGUGACAGUGGAUGGCUAUGUGGACCCCUCAGGAGGAGACCGCUUCUGUUUGGGUCAGCUCAGCAAUGUUCAUCGCACUGAGGCCAUUGAAAGAGCAAGGCUUCACAUUGGCAAAGGGGUUCAGCUGGAGUGUAAGGGGGAGGGGGAUGUGUGGGUGCGAUGCCUCAGUGACCACGCAGUGUUUGUUCAGAGUUACUACCUGGACCGAGAGGCAGGCAGAGCCCCUGGAGACGCUGUUCACAAAAUAUACCCCAGCGCUUACAUAAAGGUGUUUGACCUCCGUCAGUGCCACAGACAGAUGCAGCAACAGGCGGCCACGGCUCAGGCAGCCGCUGCAGCUCAGGCAGCUGCUGUGGCUGGAAACAUACCUGGACCUGGAUCAGUUGGAGGAAUAGCUCCAGCUAUUAGUCUCUCGGCAGCAGCCGGUAUUGGGGUAGAUGACCUACGGAGGCUGUGUAUUCUCAGAAUGAGUUUUGUAAAGGGCUGGGGUCCCGACUACCCCCGACAGAGCAUCAAGGAGACCCCCUGCUGGAUUGAGAUUCACCUGCACAGAGCCCUCCAGUUACUGGACGAGGUUCUGCACACUAUGCCUAUAGCAGACCCCCAACCUCUGGACUGAGAUCUCCCCCACCGCAGCAUCACACUGCAGCGUACAGCGGCUACGGAAGUCUUCCUCAGUGAACCGUGUGUGUGUGUGUGUGUGUGUGUGGAAAAUCCAGUAAAACAGCUGUGACACUGUAGCUCUCCCACAACGUUCAGGUGUUUUUGAGGUACCUUUGUGCACUGUGGCCCCUACUUUUGCUUUUUUUCAGCAUUAGUGACACUAUAAUUAGCUAAAGCCAUAUAUUAAAUGAAGAUAUGUUGCUCUUUAUUUUUGAUAUAUGGCUUUGAUUUGUUAUAACUGGAAAGAUGAGUAGACUAGACAGUAACUAAGCACCACAUCAUGAUGAUAUAUGACCUGCAGAUCCCAUGAAACUGGAAUGUACAGCGACUACUCGGUCCACAACUACUGACAGACAUCAGAUUCACUGAACAAUGGAGGAACACUUGAGGGCUGUACAGCUGCGGGAUGAGCGUCUGAGCACCAGUAGAGUACUGCUGGUUUUCUUUUCUCAGCUCCCAUUCGCAGAGACUGCUUUACCCCUGGCAUGAAAUGCAAGUGUAGUCCACUAUCGGCCAUCCACCAAUAUCACACAGAAUUAAAGGACACGCGCCAUGCCUAAAGCCAACUCUCACUAUCUGAACUGAAACAAGGUCAAGUCUAGGGGCUUCUCUCGGUCGGUAUUGUCAAAGUAAAGGUUUAGACCUUACAAACUAGUGAUGGGUUUGAUGGGUGUAUAAUGACAAAUCUUUUUUUAUUUCCUCUUCUCAAUUCAACAAGAUCCCCACUUUCACAAGACAAUAUUGUCCUGAAUUACAAAGUAAAUCUGUUUUACGGACUAUCUGUGAAAAUAUUAUUUCGUCACUCGCUCAAAUAUUGUGAUAACAGGAUCCUCAAAGAUCAUUCGUCGUUGGUAAUUUUCCACACUGGUCUCCUCUCACCUGUUUCAGUUUUGGUUAGUGUUUUGUAAAGUGCCCUGUUAUGCUGCCCAAAGGAUGAAUCUCAUGCAUCCUCUUUUCUCACUUUCACUCUGAGAGCAGAACAGCUAGUUUGCUUUUGUUCAGUAAAAUUGAAGUACAUGGGGCUACAGGCAGAGAGAGAGAGAGAGAGAGAGUCCAGUGGACUUAACCACAGGUCACAUUAAUUAGGAAAUGUAAUUAAAUUUUAGUGAUUACGUUUCGGUUUCUUUUCAAUUGUAUCACUCUUUAUCUCCAAGCGUACCCGACAGACUCUCCACUCAGUUGAGAAAUAUUGUACUGAAGUAUCUUAACACUUGCAGCCCGCCUAUAUACUACUUGAUCCAGAUCUGUUGUGUAUAGUUUACUGACAAGUACAAAAAAGACAAAAGACAGUUUCACAGCAAUAUCGAUAUAUUUUUGUUACUUUAUUAAUUGAUUUGUAUUAUAAUUUUAGCACUUUAAUUAUUUCAAGUUUUUAAUUCAAUAACCCUAAUUGAGUUGGUUGUCCUGCAAUGUUGAAAAGGGAGUGAAUAGACUGGUUUAUAUUUUAUGUAGAAGACGCAUCUUUGUGUACGUUAGUAUUAAAAACAUGUAACACUAAGUCACAUUUUUAAAGACUGUUUUUGCCCUUUCACUCUUCUACACACAUUGGUAGUUUGGCUGCUUGGCUGUUCUCAGUUGUAUUUACAAUUUUUUAUUUGCAGUUUUCUUUCAUUUUUAAUCUGUAAAUAUAUUUGUUUUUGAAAAGCAUGUCAAUGUUUGCAUGAAUUUUAAUGGCAAACUAUCCUUUUUAUAUCUAACCCUUUUUUUCAAAUGGAGUACUUCACUUUAAACAGGGAAACUGGACUAUCUGCAGAGUGUAGAAACCAGUGCUGCAUACUGGAGUGCUGCGCCGCUGGUUAAUGAGAAAAGCAUUUAAGGCAGACAAAGGGAACAGAAGAAUUCAUAACUGACGGAAACUAUCCAAUUUGAGAACUCAAAGUGCUCCUUAAGAAGGCAAAUCUGAAGCAUAAUUAUUGUAAAUACAAUAACUCUAUGAAUUUCUAUGUAAUGUCUCUAAAAUUAGUAGACAAAUUACACUUUCUCUCACAGGUGUAGAAAUAAGUGAAGGUAAAUUGACACGCAAAUGAAAUGAUUUAAAGUCCAGUCUCAUUUUUCCACAGCAAACCGCCAGUAAAUUCUGUCUGAUCAUAUGUGUAUGACAAGACAUUUAUAAUAAUAUUGAUGUCCUGGUGGGUUACAGAUAACACGAAAAGACACAUUUUAUUUCCGCUGUGAACCUUUAUAAGUCUGUCUAUUUGGAAAUGAUUCGAUUCGCUAUCCUAUUAGACAUGGUUUCUUUCCUCUGUCUCAUCUUUGAUUAUUUAACUAUAAUUUGAAAAGCAUUGUUUGAAAUAAUCCUUUUCCAAAAGCACGAAUAAGAGUCACAUUUUUUAUUUUAUUUCCAUAAUUAUGCAACAGAUUAUUCAGGAAACAGGAUAUUUUAUGAUUAUGUUACUGAAAGAAGUGAUGCUGAAUUAUGUCUGGAGAAAUAUUGUUAUGUUUUGUCAUGCUUAAAGGUGGACAGAUGUUUUUAUAUUCCUUGCAGUUACUAUAGGAGCCUAAAGACACGGCUCAAAGGAGUUGAUAUUGACUACUAUGACAGAUUGCAGAUAUACAUUUUACCUGUAUUUCUUAUGUGAGAGUCUUUUAAUUAAACAUGGCCUGAUAUUCUCUAAA